ACGCCUACAACAACAACAAUGCAACUAGCAGAAAUCCUCUCCGAUCUCGUCUCGCUGCGCGUCUGUGACCCAACAGCAGCCCUCGCCCUCGUAUCAGCCCGUCCACCUUCUCCCUCCGCCUCCACAUCCGCGUCCGCGGCACCGCAGAACCCCUCGACGCUCGCUGAAGACGAUGCGGAUUUGACGCGCGCGAAGGAUCUGGUGCGGUUGCACUACGAGGUUCGCGAGGCGCAUCGGAGGGGGGAGUUGGCGCGGGGGUUGGAGGAGGCGAGGCGCGGGGUUGAGAGGGUUGCUGGG